AUGGCCAAUCUCCGUAUCCCAUCAUUUAUCUUACCAAUUCUGCUAAUCUCUUUAUCUUCAUUUAGCUACAAUGCUAAUUUGGUGGGUGCUCGUCAACUUUUGGAGACACCAUUGCCGGAUUUGCCUAAGCCUAAAUUGCCCGAGCUACCACCAUUGCCUAAGGUUGGCUUGCCACCAAAACCUGAACUGCCUGAGCUUCCAAAGCCUGAGCUCCCCAAAAUUCCUGAGCUCCCUAAACUUCCUGAACUGCCAAAGCCUGAGUUGCCAGCAGUUCCUCAUUUGCAUAACCUUCCUAAGCCUACAUUGCCCAAGGACUUCCCAUCGUCCCUACUCACUCAACUAAUCCUUAAUUACUCUCUCUCUCCUUGA